GUAUGUGUAGUGUAUAUAGUGUGUCUAUUGUAUAUAGUGUGUCUAUACCGUGUGUACGUGCAGUGUUUGUGUCUCACAAUGUGACAAGCAGUGGCACCACACACCAUCCCUGGGCUCCUCCAGCUGAUUGGCCCCCAGCCCCGUCCCUCAGACCCGGCCCCCCAGGACCACCUUAUAAAGAGCUGGGACUGUGGAUGAGGUCGGUGUAAAAGCUGCUGGACCAGAAAAGUCCUCGUCAUAGUGCGGAUCCCCAUCCCCCGCAGACAUGUCACCCUAUAGGAUCCUCUAUAUACUCCUCCUGAGGAUCGCACAGUCAGCAGGUUCCUCGUGGACAUAUACAGGUGACCAUGGGCCGGAACAUUGGGCCGAGUCGUUCCCAGACUGUGGUGGCGCAGCACAAUCUCCGAUCAACAUUAAGACGGCAGACGUGUCCUAUAAUGGGACCUUACCUCCCAUACGUCCAGAGGGGUACAACACUCCAGGGGGAGCCCCAUUCACCCUCACCAACAAUGGGCACACAGUGAAACUCUCCCUACCGUCAUCUAUGCGUCUCCACGGACUCCCGAAUAACUACACUGCGGUCCAGCUUCACCUACACUGGGGGAGCAUAACUAAUCCCGAGGGGUCUGAGCACCAACUGGAUGGAAACAUUUCUCCUGCAGAGCUCCACAUCGUCCAUUACAACUCGGACAUGUUUCCGGACAUCAACGAGGCCAAAAGUAAACCGAAAGGACUGGCCGUACUGGGGAUCCUGAUAGAGACAGGAAGCAAGGAUAAUGCAGCCUAUGGGAAUAUCAUUAACUACCUGGAUAAGGUCACCUAUGCAGACCAGAAUGUGCCUAUUCCAUCCUUUAACGUUGCGGAGCUGCUUCCCGAGGGUUUGGACCAGUAUUUCCGCUAUGGAGGUUCCUUGACAACGCCGCCGUGUUACCAGAGCGUGGUGUGGACAGUGUUCUACAACAAGGUCCAGAUCUCGGCGUCUCAGAUGGAGAAGCUCCAGACGAUGCUUUAUUCUACCGCACACAGUGCACCCGCACAUGUCCUGCAGAGGAACAUCCGGGGUCCUCAGCCUAUAAACCAGAGGACUGUAUACUCCUCCUUUAUGAUACAACGGAUGUGGACUACAGGUAAAACUCUCGGAGUCGUCUUCGGGUCGUUCCUGGGGAUGCUGGGUCUCGCCAUGGUCGUGUACUUUAUCGUCAAACAAGUCAGGAAACACAGAGCGGAGUCCUCAGGGGGUCUCUCGCCGCACUCGGGGGUCGUCAAGGUGUGAAUCGGAAAGGUGGCGUUUUUUUUUUUAAAGGACCCAGUAUGGAAUCUGUGAAGUUUUUUUUUUUUUUUUUUAUUCUGAAAAUGCUGCAUUUACAAAACAAACUCUUGGCCUACGGUGCAAAAGGAACAUUACACGGACAUCUGCAAUGUUAUUACGGUAUAAUCAGGGGACACCGCCACUACCUGCUUAUUGGAGCUAGAACCUCGUGUACUGUGUGCAAGAUGGCAGAGACCUGCAGUGAUCUGUUCCGCAACGUAUCAAGUCAUAUGAGGAUUUAUGGACACAUUUGGGCAUUAUUUAGGUCACUGUUUCCCAACCGGGGUGCCUCUGGUGGUUGCCUCCCGUCAUUGCGAUGCCGAUGACAGCCUGUAGCAACAAAGUGCCGAUGUAAUGGAUCAAUGUCAUAGAAUAGUAUUACACAGAUCAGUAUGAGCAAUCUUUCGAUUGCUCAUACAAUCCACUAGAGCAGAGUUUUCCCCAACCAUUGUGCCUCCAGAUGUUGCAAAACUAAAACAUCCAGCAUGUCCAUAUUACUCUUCCGAAAUGCUCUGUGCUGCUGGGUGAUCUUAGUACAUGCAGCCCUGUCCUCAUGUACAUUUUCGCCGCCCGUCAUUGGCGGUGCAGUGACUGGAUCUAGGCCUCCAUGACCGCCUAUGACAGCCUGUAGUAAUAGAGUGCCGAUGUAAUAGAUCAAUGUCAGAGUAUUACACUAUAUUUUAGAAUAUUACACUAAUCUGUAUAAGCAAUCGAAAGAUUGCUCAUACAUAUCUACUAAAGUAGGGUUUCCCUGCCAUUGUGCCUUCAGACAUUUCAAAACUACAAUUCCCAGCAUGCCUGGACAACAAUAGAGUGCCGAUGUAAUAGAUCAAUGUCAGAUAAUAGUAUUACACUGAUCCAUAUGAGCAAUCUUUCGAUUGCUCAUACAUAUCCACUACAGGAGUGUUUCCCUAACAUUGUGCCUCCAGACAUUGUAAACUAGAAUUCCCAGCAUGCCCAGACAACAAUAGAGUGCCGAUGUAAUAGAUCAAUGUCAUACAAUAGUAUUUCAUUAAUCUAUAUAAGCAAUCGAAAGAUUGCUCAUACAUAUCUAUCAGGGCAGUGUUUCCCUACCAUCGUGCCUCCAGACGUUGCAAAACUACAAUUCCCAGAAUGCCCGGACAAUAAUAGAGUGCUGCUGUAAUAGAUCAAUGUCAUACAUUAGGAUUACACUGAUCCGUAUGAGCAAUCUUUCGAUUGCUCAUACAUGUCCACUAGAGCAGUGUUUCUCUACCAUUGUGCCUCCAGCCGUUGAAAAACUACAACACCCAGCAAGCCCAUAUUGCUCUCCUGAAAUGCUCUGUGCUGCUGGAUGAUCUCGGUACAUGCAGCCCUGUCCUUUGGUAUGAAAGGUGUAAGGAGCAAUCUCUGUAGAAGGCUUUUAAUUGACAGCGGCAUGUAAACAGCAUUCGCCAUGCGUUAUUGGCGGACCGCCAUGACCACCUAUGGCAGUCUGUAGCAAUAGACUGCUGAUGUAAUGGAUCAAUGUCAUACAAAUGUGUCACACUGAUCUAUAUGAGCUAUCAAAAGAUUGCUUAUACAUGUCCACUACAGCAGUGUUUCCUUACCAUUGUGCCUCCUGCCAUUGCAAAACUACAACUUCCAGCAUGCUCGGACAGCCUUUGGCUGUCCAGGCAUGCUGGGAGUUGUAGUUUUGCAACAGCUGGUGGCACCCUGGUUGGGAAACACUGCUCUAGUAGGCAUGUAUAAGCAAUCUUUCAAUUGUCCAUGACUACCUAAUGUAAAAAAGUGCCUUUUAGCUUUU